CUUAAAUACAGACAUUUAUACUUACUCCUGCCCAUCGUUAAAGUGCAGAUCCAGAGGAAGCUGCGGCGUCACAGCGAGUGAAUGAAUCUCCAGUUUGGUCCUCUAGCACGUCUGUUGAUCCCAAACAUCAGAUUCGUUAUGAGCCGUUCCAUCAGUACCGGGACCUUCCAAAAUGCCCAGCCUCUCAAUUACAGAGGAGGAAAACGAGUACAGCCUAUAGACUCAGUUGGACAAGAGCAGGCCUAUGAGCCAUCCACAGGACGUGUCAUUGCAACAUUUGACUGUUCUGGAGAGAAAGAGGUCCAUGAAGCUAUUCAAAGUGCCAAGUCAGCCUUCAAAAUAUGGAGCCAGAAAUCCGGAAUGGAACGGAGCCGUAUUAUGUUGGAGGCAGCCCGUAUCAUAAGGGAACGUGGAGAAGAGAUUGCUACUGUUGAAACUAUAAACAAUGGUAAAUCAAUUUUUGAAGCCAGAGUGGAUGUGGAAAUUUCAUGGAUGACUCUAGAAUAUUACGCCGGACUUGCUGGAUCUAUGUCGGGUCAACAUGUUCAGCUCCCAGGGGGAUCAUUUGCUUACACAAGGAGGGAGCCUCUUGGUGUGUGUGCAGGUAUUGGAGCAUGGAAUUACCCCUUCCAGAUUGCUUGUUGGAAAUCGGGACCUGCCCUUGCAUGUGGUAAUGCCAUGGUUUACAAGCCAUCCCCUUUCACUCCCGUCAGUGUGGUUCUGCUGGCUGAGAUCUUUGUUGAAGCAGGUGUCCCUGCUGGACUCUUCAAUGUAGUCCAAGGAGGAGCAGCCACAGGGGAGUUCCUUUGCAAGCACCCUGAUGUGGCUAAAGUGUCCUUUACUGGAAGUGUCCCUACUGGCUCCAAGAUCAUGGAAAUGGCAUCUAAAGGAAUAAAACCGGUGACUUUGGAGUUAGGAGGGAAGUCUCCACUCAUCAUCUUCCCAGACAGUGACUUGGAGAAUGCUGUGAACGGAGCCAUGAUGGCAAAUUUCCUUACUCAGGGCCAGGUGUGUUGCAAUGGGACUCGUGUCUUUGUUCAUCGGGACAUCCUGGAGAAAUUCACAGAAACUGUGGUGAAGAAGGUUAAAAAAAUUAAAAUUGGAGAUCCUCUCUUGGAAGACACCAGGAUGGGGCCACUCAUUAACCGUCCCCACAUGGAAAAAGUUCUUGGCUUCCUGAAAACUGCUCGUGAACAGGGUGCCCAAAUCCUGACUGGAGGGGAACCGUACACCCCAGAGGAUCCUAAGCUGAAGGGAGGGUAUUUCAUAACCCCCUGCGUGUUAGGGAACUGCAAUGAUGACAUGACUUGUGUUAAAGAAGAAAUCUUUGGACCAGUUAUGUCCAUCCUGCCCUUCAGCUCCGAGGAAGAGGUUUUGCAGAGGGCCAACAACACAACUUAUGGUUUGGCUGGAGGAGUCUUUACCAGGGAUAUUCAGCGUGCACACAGAGUUGUGGCUGCCCUACAGGCUGGAAUGUGCUUCAUAAACAACUACAAUGUGAGCCCCGUGGAGAUGCCCUUUGGUGGUUACAAGAAGUCUGGCUUUGGCAGAGAGAAUGGACAAGUGGCAAUAGAGUAUUACUCCCAGCUGAAGACUGUCUGUGUGGAGAUGGGAAAUGUGGAGUCUGUUUUUUAGUUGUGGAGACCAUUUUGAUUAGUGCCUUUUAGAAUGAUUUGCGAAUACGGUUAUAAAGGCUUACGAAAGAUCUUUGUAUAGCCUGUAAAUGUAAUUUCUGUCUCUGGUUAACAUUCCUAGUGUGAGACAAUUCUUGAUGCUUGCAUAAACUUCUCGUAUAUUCUAUAUAGAAUUUAUAAAGAAGUAAUGUCAUAAAAAAGAGAAUUAGCAGAAAUGUUUCCACUUUUAUAUAAUACAACAGAACACUUGGCAUAUUUGUGCCAAUCCAGCACUUAACUGGUGAGUUUUUUAUGCCACCUUGAUCAAGAUUUCUAGGGAUUUGCAUCCCUUUUUUUCAGUGCUGUUGUUUGUGUGUUGUAUCUAUACUUGUAUGCACCCAUACUAUAUUAAAUGUGAGUCUUCUGCUUUCUUUAA